AUGGCUCCGAGCCGGGCGGGCAGCCGACCAGACCUCUUCACGAACUUGGAGAAGCUCGACGAACUCGACGAUGACGGACUUGCUCAGCAGACGCUCGCGGCUCUGCGUGACGCCCUCAGCCGAGAGAUGAAGAUCAAAGAGGGUAGCGAGAAUAUGCUGGAGGCGUUGAAUACAAAGAAGGCGAAGCAGACGAAGGAGCAAAGGCAGAGAGUGGAGGCAGAGCUCAACAGCUCAAACAUAAGAAUAAAAGACCUGAGACAGAAGAUAUCAGAUGCCCAAAGGUCAAAGGCGACGCCAACAACACCCAUUAGGUCGAGGACCGAAGAUAUGUUUUCGAGAAAUGGUUUACGAUCGCCACCCAGUGCCUCAAGAAGUGGUGCCGAUUCGCCUUUCGAAGAGCCAACAGAGUCCCCCACAUUUGCACUUGCGGAGAUCCUACAAGCACUCGAGGUGGAAGGCAUGGCACCGGAAUACUACGUUGCCAGGGCGAACAAUCUAGUUGACCUGUUCAAGCGGUAUCCCACCCUCAAAUAUGAUCUAGUUUGGUCUGUGUUUGGACUACGUAUGCAGGUCAUGCUUCUGAGCGAAAGCAGGGAGGUUGUGGCCGCCGGCUAUCGCAUGACCCGGUAUGCAAUGUCGGAUGCAUCUUCACUCAAGAAGAUUCGCACCCUCAAUACCGACUACAUCGUAGUGUCGUCGCUUAUCAAGGACCGAAAAGCAGACUUAGAACGGGAGCAAGCCCUCAAGUUCGUUCGGGCGUUCUUGGAUAUCAAGGAUGGGAUUCGGGAAGUCUCGAGAGCGGUAGUCCGGACCGUUGCAGCCAUAGCAGAGCAACCGGAGGACCGUCUCCGACCAAUUUGCUUGGAAACGUUGGCUGAAAUUCUGGUCAAAGAUCCACGACUGUUGCUAGCCUCUGGAGGCCUGUCCCCGUUGUCAGAGGCUCUCGCUGAAGGAUCCUAUAAAGCUCCCGAAAGCUUGACGGCGGCCUUUCUGUUUCUCUUAGACGUCCCUCGAAAACGGAAAUACCUAAGAGCCGGGUAUGAACUCGAAGUCCUCUUCACGGCUUUCACCGACCACUUUCUCACCAACGAGGCUAUCCUGAAACAAAACUCCAAAGCUGUUGCCUCCUCUUUAAAGACAUGGUCAGGUCUCAUGAACCUUUCUAUGUUUGACUUCCGGGCGAUAAGGCAACUACUCAUCGAUUCGGGGGUGCUGAGCCAUUCAAAUUACACAAAAUGGAAUUGGGAGGUCGUUCUCAAGAUCAUCGAGGGACCGUUGGUCAAUGGAAAGAGGCUAGAAGAAGCCAUCAAGGCAUCCAAGUUCAUUAAGAGAAUGAUGAGCUUCUAUCGCCCUUUCAAGUACAAGUUCUCUGAAAUCAAGAACACUAGGAACACGCAGAGAUACGUUCGCGUGGGAUGUGCUCUGAUGCACACUCUCCUUCAGUCGCCACAAGGUAUCGCCUAUCUCGCCGAUAACAAGCUCUUGCGCCAAGUCGCCGAAUGUUUGGCUCAAUGUGAUCCAACGAGCGGGCUCACUGCACAAUUCCCAAUGUUCUCAAAGGACCGGCUCACUGACACUUUAUGCGGAGGCUAUUUCCCAAUGUUAGGUGUCCUGAGCGGUGAUCCGAAGGGUCUCCAGAUGCUUGAUAGAUGGCGAAUGUUCAACAUGAUGUACCACAUUGUUGAUUUAAAGCAACGGCCAGACUUGAUCAAGCUUCUGCUGACCAAUUUCGAUUAUACUCUGCAGGGUCAUCCCAGAGUUCUUCUAUCAAAAGCCCUGACCGCAGGAACAAAGGACAUCCGCAUACAUGCAACAAAUGCACUCCGAAAAUACGCCACUAGCCCUCGGCUGUAUGACCCUGAUGUCGAGGUAUGCGCUACAGCAGUAAAGAUACUAGAAAAGGCAUGCAAUACCAAGAACUAUCUCGAGUACAUUGUCGAAUGCCGGCCUGCCCUGGACCAUCUCGGAGAAAUAGGAGCCCCGCUUCUACUGCGCUUUCUUUCUACCUCAAUUGGAUAUCACUACCUCGAUGGCUUGGACUACAUCAGCAAUGAGAUGGAUGACUGGUUCCUCGGCAGAAACGACACUUAUGUUGGCGUUAUUGAAGCUAGCUUGGCUCGGGCGUUUGGAGAAACUGCAGAAGAUCAAAGCCAUCGUGUCAGCUUAUUCGAGGAGGAACCCGAUCUGGAGGCUGACAGCCAUGUCCCGCCCCAUUUCUACCGCGAGCUAACGCGCACGCAAGAGGGAUGCAAGCUGCUCCGAGACAAGGGACACUUUGAUGAGUUCGCUACCACCAUCCGAGACUAUGGCAUGCAAUACGAUGACCGCGAAUUGAUGACCAAAGUGAAAGGCAGCAUGUGGGCAGUCGGAAAUGUUGGAUCUAUGGAGCUUGGUGCACCCUUCUUGGAGAGCUGCGACGUGGUGGAACGUAUCAUCAAGAUCGCAGAGACACAUGAGGUCAUGAGCCUGCGCGGGACGGCUUUCUUCGUCCUAGGUUUGAUCUCGCGGUCGGUACAUGGUUUAGAGAUUCUUUCGGAACAGGGCUGGGACUCGAAUACCAAUACUCUCGGUGCAUCCCUGGGCUUCUGUAUACCCAGCGAUCUCUCAAAGUUCUUCUCUCUCAAACCGUGGAAGCAUGAGACAGCCACCUCGGUAGUCGUCGCUGAUACGCAGAAGACGGAGACGGUCGAACCCCCUGCUAUGCCGUCUCGACCGAGAUCUGAAUCGCUUCUCGCCGUGCUUACUGAUGAUUUAAUAGCUGGUUCGGCCGAUAUGCAUGAGCAUCAGGUUGUGUUAGAUCCAGAUCCAACGAAUCAGAAGAUUUUGGAGCUUUACAUCGACCUCGGCAACUCAGUCCUCUUCAAUCGAGCCCGAAAUGAGCUUCUCCAGCUCAAGCAGCAAAAGAAAGCACCUGGCUUCCGUCAACCUCAGAUGUUCCGGAAGGUCAUCUCUUUGAUGGAGAGCCGUCAUUUUCGGUUGAAUGGCAGGCGUAUGCUCGAGUUAUUUGAGCGAAGCGUCCUGAGGCAAGUCGUCUUUGAUGAGGAGAGUGACUCUGAAGAAGAGGAUGAGAUGGGAGGUGGGGGAGGUAGCAGGAUAGUGGAAGACCCGGAAGAAUAUGAUGAAGAUGAUGACUCGGACGAUUUCGAGCGCGGGGAUGAAAGCUCGGGCGAUGAACAACGCACAGAAAGGCAGCGAAGUGUCAGCGAUGCAGCUGACCUUGAGCGAAGCAAUACUGUAAGGCGAGCCACGGUAUCGACCACGUGA